AUGGCUGAAGCAAUGGAGGCUCCUGACUAUUGCUGGUUGUGGCACUCCAAUCGGAGCACGGUGAGCGGCUACUUUCUUGCCGGACGUUCCAUGAACUGGGUGGUGGUUGGAGCCUCGCUGUUUGUCAGCAACAUCGGCAGCGAACACUUCAUCGGCCUGGCUGGGGUCGGGGCGGCCAGUGGUUUGCCGUUGGCGCCUGGGGAAUCAAACGCCCUGCUGCUUCUGCAGCUCCUCGGUUGGGUCUUCAUCCCCGUGUACAUCCACUGCGGGAUCUAACACAAUCCGGAGUACCUCUCCAAGCGCUAUGGAGGUAAGAGACUGAAGGUGUACUUCGCAAGCCUUUCCAUCCUGCUUUACAUCUUCACCAAGCCUGUAGACUUGUAUGCUGGAGCCCUGUUCAUACAGGAGUCGCUUGCUGAACCUCUACUUGUCAUCACUAUUCUCAUUAGCAUGACGCUUCUGUUGACGGUCACUGGUGGUUUGGUGGCGUUCAUUUACACAGACACCCUUCAGGCAGUGCUCAUGAUGAGGUGCCCGCUGAGUCUGACCGUCAUCAGCUUGAUGAAGGUUGGUGCUGGAGGAUUGCGGGAAAAGUACAUGCAGGCUGUUUCCCAACGUCAGCAGCCAUACUGGGCAUCCAUAACUGUCAGCCCUUCACCUACACCGAACCUCCUGUCCAUCCAUCCCAAACCUGACUCCCUGAGGAUCCUGCGAGGGCCGUUCGAUGAGGACAUUCCCUGGCCCGGUUUUCUUCUGGGCCAGACACCAGCCUCAAUCUGGUACUGGUGUGCCGACCAAGUCAUCGUCCAGAGAGUGCUUGCUGCGAAGAACAUCGUCCACGCCAAGGCUUCCACGCUCAUGGCAGGAUUCCUGAAGGUCCUCCCCAUGUUUAUCAUCGUGAUUCCCGGGAUGAUCUCACGCAUACUGUUUGCAGACGAGCUUGUGUGUAUUAGCCCAGAGCACUGUAUGCAGGUGUGUGGUAGCCAGGCAGGCUGCUCGAACAUUGCAUACCCUCGACUGGUGAUGAGUGUGAUGCCAGUUGGCCUGCGCGGUUUGAUGAUGGCUGUCAUGAUUGCUGCUCUCAUGAGCGACCUGGACUCCAUCUUCAACAGUGCUAGCACCAUCUUCACCCUCGACAUCUACAAGAUGGUCCGAAAGUGUGCCUCCUCCCGAGAGCUUGUUGAUCGUCGCCGAAUGUUUGUGAUCAUCAUGGUGGGCAUCAAGCAUCGCUUGGUACCAGUCAUCAUCGAGAUGCAAGGAGGCCAGAUGUUGUACAUCCAAGAGAUCGCUGGGUAUCUUACUCCGCCCGUAGCUGCCCUGUUUAUGCUCGGCGUCUUCACGACACGCUGCAACGAGACUGGUGCCUUCUGGGGUGGCAUGACUGGCUUCGUCCUGGGUUACCAACGCCUGAUGCUUGGCUUCGUCUACCGCGAGCCCAGAUGCGAUCAGCCUGACGACCGCCGCCCUGUUUUUAUCACCCAUAUCACUAACAUGUAUAUAGCGGCUGGGCUUUUCUGGCUCUCAGGAGCGGUUGCUGUGGUGGUCAGUCUCUGCACCCCUCCCCCCUCAAAGGAGAGAGUCCGCAAACACCACUGUGUGGGGGGCUUCCGAAAUUCGAGGGGGUUCCUGUCCGAAGACACGAGGAGCUACACGAAGCUAAACAAGAGAUCCAGAUCGUUUGCAAAUGGCAAUGGCACCCUCCACAAGCAGAUACCAAUGGACAUUAAGAAAGAGAAGAUCCUGGAUGAGGCUGCAUCCAACUCCUCAUAG